AAAUGAUAUCUUCAAUGUUAUGUUACUGAUAACUGUCCUCAAUCUGUUUUGUUUGGUGAAUGCUAUUUUCUUUAAUAAACUAUAUCCGAGGAUGAAGCUGAGCGCGAAACGAACCAAACACUGCGGGGAGCCGCUGUUCCUGACACCCUAUCUGGACCAGGGCGCGAUAGACGUCGCCCAGAACCUUUCCCGCGUUGCUAUGACGGAACAUAUGGGCAUAAAGAGUCAUGCCGGUUUCUUCACGGUCGACCCACAAACACACACAAACAUGUAUUUCUGGUACUUUCCACCUUUUACGAAAUGCCAAGAAGCGCCUAUUAUACUGUGGGUCCAGGGCGGGGUAGGAGGCAGCUCACUCUUCGGGCUGUUCCGAGAAGUGGGCCCUCUGGUAGUAAAAGGUCACCACGAACUUCUAGAAAGGAGGUACCAUUGGGCUCUGAACUAUCACCUCCUUUUCAUCGACAACCCUGCUGGUGUUGGCUUCAGCUACACAGAAUGUCCAGCCAGUUACUGCACAGAUGGAUACUGCGUUGGAAACGAACUUUACAAAACUUUGCUCCAAUUUUUCCAACUAUUUCCUGAUAUAAAUCGUAAUGAUUUCUACAUUGCCGGCGAAUCCUAUGCCGCGAAGUAUAUACCAUUUUUGGGGCAGGUGAUACAUAACGAGAAUGCAAAAAUUAAAGAUAAUACAACAAUACAUUUGAAGGGCAUGCUAUUAAGCAGUGCUUAUUGCGAUCCUAUUAAUCAACUGGAUUACGGAAACUAUUUAUACCAACACGGUUUGAUUGAUAAUAAAGAGUUGAACGUGUUCCUCAAAUACCAAAUUGAAAUAGCUGUGGAGUUAAAGAAGAAGCACUGGUUGAAGGCGAACGUUCUUAUGGACAGAUUGAUGGAAGGACAAGUGACGCGGUUUUCGCUUUUCAAACAUUACACGGGCUUCAAUUAUUACUACAACUUGCUGGAAUCAGAGCCGAGAUACGACUGGUUGCACUUUUUGUCUCUCCUGCACGAAAACGAAGUUAGGAGCAGUAUUCACGUGGGAGGCUUGAGGUUUAACGACGGGGAGGCAGCUCAGACGAUGCUGGCACUCGAUAUGAUGCAGUCCGCCGCUCCUCUCAUAUCUGAACUGCUCUCGCACUAUAGGUUCUUAUUCUACAACGGUCAACUGGAUAUCAUAGUCGCGUAUCCAUUGACCGUAAACUUUUUGAAAAACCUGAACUUUUCAUCUUCCUCACAAUAUUCUGAGGCUACUCGCAAAGUUUGGAGGGUUGGUAAGGUAGUGGCGGGCUAUAUAAAGCAGGCAGGGAACCUGACGGAAGCCCUGGUAAGGAAUGCGGGGCAUCUGGUGUCGCAAGACAAACCUAAGUGGACUUUAGAUUUGAUCACAAGAUUUAUCAGAAAUGAUUAUAAGUUUUAAAUGUGUUUAUCUGUUUAAAAUAAAUAAAUUUAACUUAACGGG